AUGGCACCAAUUACUCUCCCAGGUUACGGCGACGUUGAGCCCCUCUCGCCCGCCGCCGAGGCACUCGUGAAGAGCGACGACCCCGAGCACCCCGCAAACCUCAUCCCCGAGCUCUGCCGCGAGUUCUACAAGCUCGGAUGGGUUACUGGUACCGGCGGUGGUAUCAGCAUGCGCCAGGGCCCUCUCGUAUACCUCGCCCCCUCUGGCGUGCAGAAGGAACGUAUCCUCCCAGAGCACAUGUUCGUGCUCCCCUUUGCCCAGAGCUCGGUCCCGAAGCCGGGGAGUAAGCGCGACUUUAUGCGGAUCCCCUCUAAGAAGGGCCUGUCCGAGUCGCAGUGCACGCCGCUGUUCUGGAAUGCUUUUACGCAACGUGACGCGCAGAGCUGUAUUCACACGCAUUCGCAGCAUGCUGUCAUGCUCACCCUCCUCCUGGGCAAGAACGCCAAGUCGUUCCGCAUCUCGCACCAGGAGAUGAUCAAGGGCGUGCGCCUCGGCGGCGUCGGCAAGACCCUCGCCUACUUCAACACCCUCGAGGUGCCCAUUAUCGAGAACACGGCGCGCGAGGAAGACCUCACUGAGAGCAUGGCCGAAGCCAUGACGACGUACCCCGACGCUGCGGCCAUUCUCGUGCGUCGGCACGGCGUGUAUAUUUGGGGCCCCACUUGGGAGUCGGCCAAGACGCAAGCCGAGUGCCUCGACUAUUUGUUCGAAAUCGCUGUCAAGAUGCUCCUGGCUGGCAUGCCACUCGAGGGUGACAACUAG